GCGUUUCAGUCGGUCGUUCAGGAUGGAAAGUCGCCAGCAACCUCCGUGGCAGCAGCCGCCCGCGCGCCCCGACGCCCGUCUCCCUCCUCUCAAAGUAUGGAACUCUUUGACCAGAUCCAAGACUCCUUUCGUGCCCUUGGAUCCCGAAGGACGUAAGGUCAAGUGGUAUGCUUGCGGCCCAACUGUUUACGACGAUGCGCACCUCGGCCACGCGCGAAACUAUGUCAGCACCGAUAUCCUACGGCGUAUCCUUAAGGACUACUUCAACUAUGAUGUGCAAUUUGUUAUGAACAUCACCGAUGUUGACGACAAGAUCAUCCUUCGCGGUAGACAACAGCAUCUAUUCAACAAGUAUAUCACGGAACAUCCGAAUAUCACACCCGAAGUCCUCGAGACUGCCCGAUCGGCAUACAGCGCCUACAUCAAGAAGAACCUCCCUCUGAUCAACCCGGACACGAAGCCUGAAGAUUUUACUGCGGAAGUCGACAAGGCUUAUGGAGUGGUCCUCAAGGGCGGCUCGCUGGAGGCAGAUAAGAGGCCGGGAGAUGCGGAGACCAAGAUCAAGAUGCACGUUAAGACCGCGACGGCGUCAUCUUCAGCCAUUGCGGAUGCCGCGAAGAAGCCCGAGACACCGAGCCAGGCUUUCUACGAUGCCACACAGGAUGUGUUCUGCUACUACCUUGACAUCACCCAAGGAUCCACGAUUCCCGGCGAUGCGUACGAAAUCUUCACGAAGCUCACGAAGAAAUACGAAGACCACUUUAUGCGCGAUAUGAGAGACCUGAACGUUCUCGAUCCCGAUGAGAUCACAAGAGUUACCGAGUAUGGCCCACAGAUUGCGGACUUUGUCGAGAAGAUUGUUUCGAAUAAGUUUGGGUAUGUGGCCUCGGACGGCUCUGUUUACUUCGACAUCAAAGCGUUCGAAGAUGCCGGCAACCACUAUGCCCGACUGGAGCCGUGGAAUAGAAACAACCAACCUCUGCAGAGAGACGGCGAAGGUGCCCUGUCCCGGGCAACCGAGAAGAAGUCGCCCGACGACUUCGCUCUCUGGAAGUCGUCUCGACCUGGUGAGCCUAGUUGGUCCAGCAAGUGGGGUCAAGGAAGACCCGGGUGGCAUAUCGAGUGCUCUGCUAUGGCAUCGAGCUGCUUAGGAAGCCAGAUCGAUAUUCACUCGGGUGGUAUUGACCUUGCUUUCCCUCACCAUGACAACGAGCUUGCUCAGAGUGAAGCCUACUGGCACGAGCACAAGCACCAGUGGGUCAACUACUUCUUGCACAUGGGCCACCUUUCCAUUGCAGGCUCUAAGAUGUCCAAAUCCUUGAAGAACUUCACUACCAUCAGUGACGCGCUUAAGCGAGGCGAUUACACUGCUCGCAGUCUGAGAAUCGUUUUCCUGCUGGGUGGCUGGCGCGACGGAGUCGAGAUCACGGAUGAGCUGGUCAAGAGCGCCUCGUCAUGGGAAGAGAAGGUCAACAACUUCUUUGUUAAAGUCAAGGAUCCUUCCACAUACCAGACUUCCGCCACCGAUGCGGCAUCUACCGAAACAUUGACACAGGCCCUCAAGUCCACCCAAGACAAGGUCGAUGAACACUUCUGCGAUUCCUUUGAUACCCCUAGAGUUAUGGCUGCUAUCUCUGAACUGAUUACCACUUUCAACUCGCUUGAUAUCCAGACGCUGGAGCCUCAGGCCAUUGAAUCCACUGCCAAGUGGGUGACACGGAUUGUGACCAUUUUCGGUCUGAACGGGGCUACCCCGGUGGACAAGUGUGAAAUCGGCUGGGAGGGUACCGAUGUCCCUGAGGUGGCAAAGCAGUACUUGUACCCGCUUUCCGCCAUGCGUGACUCUUUGCGCCAGGCUGCCAUGUCCGGAAACCAGAUCACAUCAGACAAGGUCAAGGAGAUCAUCGGUGCAGCAGCAGUGAAAGAUGCAGACACAACCGAAGCCGCCAAGCCAUACUCCCAAGCUCUGGAGUCUUUCAGCUCCCAGCUCGCAUCGUUAAGCCUUGAGGACUCCAAGAGCUCUUCGAAGGAGAUUCUUUCCCUCUGUGACCGUUUGCGUGAUGUGGACCUUUUCAACCUUGGCAUUUACCUUGAGGACCGUGAGAACAAGCCGGCUCUCGUCCGCCCUGUCACCAAAGACCUGCUGCAGGCUCGUGAAGAGCAGGCGCGCAAGGCUUUGCAGAAGCAGCAAGAAAAGGAGAAGAAGGAACGCCUUGCUCAAGAAAAGCUUGAGAAGGGAAAGCUUAGUCACCUCGAGAUGUUCAAGACUAGCGAAUUCAGCGCCUGGGAUGAGGAGGGUAUGCCGACCAAGGAUGCUGCUGGCGAACCGCUCGCGAAGAGCCGGGGCAAGAAGUUGAGGAAAGACUGGGAGCGUCAAAAGAAAGCCCACGAAGCGUGGCUUGCGAGCCAGCAGGGAAAGUGAUAGAGUAGCACAUAGGAUAAGAAUUUUUAUGCAGUUUUUCAGCGGGACUGAACUUUUCAUCCUCAUACAUCUCUCGCAAUGAAUUUGAUAUCAACCCUCG